CUUCUCGAUCGUUGCCAAGCCUUCAUAUCGUUGCAAUAGGAGCUGCAGUAGUGUAGUUAUACAGCACGAUGGUGGUUGCGUUGCAGAUCGUUUGUGUUUCAGCCGUUUUCUGUGGGGCCCUACAUGCAGCUCCUACGGUCACAUAUGACCAGAGGCAACAGGGUGAAUUAAAUGUGCAGGUAGACGUGGACGAUGUCGCCAUAAUAUUGUUGAUGAGCGAUGAGUUCGCCCAGAGAGCUAUACUGCACGGCAAUAAUGUGCAGCAAAUAUUCGGGCGCCGCAACGGUGUAAAAUCGAAAAAAAAACAUCACAAGAAACCGGUGAACUGCACGAUGGCAACUGUAAAGCCGGAAGUACCCUACAGCGAGUUACCGCCAACAUACUCUCCGACAUCAUCAGAGGGAUACGAAGAACUGUACUCAACGUCGACUUCAAGCCAAGACAAAUUACAAGGCUUAGUACCCGAGGCUGCUGUAGCGCCUACAGUGUUUGAGAAUGACGUUCCGGCCGAUCUUGAUGGUCAAAAAACCAUCGUGAAUCAUGACCGUAAUCCUGAAGCUUCAACACCGAGUGCAGCAUUGGAUGCAUCUGAGAAAAAUGUCGAUUUGACGGACACUGCAGCAGGUGGUGUUGCGGUAAACUCUUCUGAAAUGGUAGCUGUAAAAACAGUAGAAAAAUCUACUAAUUCAACAACCUUGCUGGCUUCGGAGAUUGCGAACGGUUCGAAGACUGACGUAAAAACAGUCGAGAUACUUCCAACGAAUUUCGAAGAAAAUCCCGUAAGCAUAUCAUCCGAUGUAAAAACAGACGAAAUUAUUAAAGUCAAUGAAACAUCGAAAAAGAACACAAACAAUGAAGAUAAUACAAUUGAAAUAACCACCGUAAAAAUAGUAGAAGUUGUGGAGGUCGGCGGAGUCAAACCCACUGAGAUGAUCGUCAUAAAAACUAUAGAAAAACCUACGGACAGUGUGAUACACGAGGAAUUUGUCGAAGAACCUGCAGUAGUGGACGCAUCGCGUGUCAAUGUUUUGGACACGCAAGUAAAUACGAAUACAACUAACGAACCAACUGAAAUGAUCGCCAUGAAAACUGUGGAGAAACCAACAUUCUCCGAAGUCUUAAAGGUCGUUAAAAAAACAGUGGAAGCGGCUAAUGCAGUAAAAGCUGCAGACACCCAAACUGGUAUAACGACGACGGCAGAUUUGAGCAAAAGUCCUACGGAAAUGGUCGCUAUGAAAACAAUGAAAAACCCACAAACAGCAGUAAAGCCGACAGAUACUAUAGAAAAGUCUGGAAUUACAACGAGUACGAAGCUGAUGGAGAUACAAGAAGACACGAAAAAGCAGACCGUACCUUCGGUCGAAAAUAUUGUCUCAAGGUCGGCUACGAAACAAACGGAAAUGGUCGCUGUAAAGACGGUGGAAAAUUCGACGACAGUAAAAAGUGUGAUUUCCGUGAAAACUGUGAUCAAACCUGGAAUUCAAAAGUCUACGCUUUCAUCAAACAGUUCCUUGAUCAUGCGUAAAGUAGGCGAUCGCAAACCACUGCCUACAAUCACGUUAGAAGUGGCAACUCCAAAAGUACUAUAGGUAAAAUACUUGAUGAUAAUUAUGAGAUUUUUAAGAUAUUGAAGAACUAAUGUUUUUGCCAUUUUAGAAUUACGUUUAUAUAUUAUAAUUACACUUAAAUGAUAAUGUUUGUUGUGUUUGUUAGGCCAGUAUAAAAUAUAAAUUAAUGUCUUGAUGGCCGGAUUACAAUCUGAAUAUGGGUAUACCUAUUAUAUUAUAAUAAUCAAAAUAUACGUUUUUAAGAACUUCAACAUUUGUAUACAUUAUUAAAUAUAAUGCCAUUAUUUAGUUAUUUUGA